CCCGUGCUGGCUUGGGGCCUGGCGCUGUGGUGCCUGUGCGGGGCGGGCCCGCUGUGGAGAGGCAGCCACGAGUGGAAAAAACUAAUUCUGACCCAGCACUGGCCCCCAACAGUCUGCAAGGAAGUUAACAGCUGCCGAGACACUCUGGAUUAUUGGACAAUUCAUGGACUAUGGCCUGACAAAGCAGAAGAUUGCAACCAAUCCUGGCACUUUAACUUAAAUGAGAUUCAGGACCUUUUGCUAGACAUGAAGAUCUACUGGCCCGAUGUGAUUCACCCGUCUUCUAAUCGCAGCCGAUUCUGGAAACAUGAAUGGGAUAAGCACGGCACUUGUGCUGCGCAGCUGGAUGCCCUCAAUUCCGAGAAGAAGUACUUUGGGAAGAGCCUGGACCUGUACAAGCAGCUUGACCUCAACAGCAUACUGCUAAAAUUUGGGAUCAAGCCGUCUAUCAAUUACUACCAGCUUGCAGAUUUCAAAGAUGCACUUACCAGAAUCUAUGGUGUGGUGCCUAAAAUCCAGUGCCUUCUGCCAGAACAGGGAGAGAAGGUGCAAACCGUUGGUCAGAUAGAGUUAUGCUUCACCAAGGAGGACUUCCGUUUGCGGAACUGUACUGAGCCAGGUGAGCAGCUCCCCUCCAACCAGGAUGCCUGGCCGGCCAUGGGCGCUUCCUCCACACACGGGAUGAUGGUCUGUGAAGAUGGUCCAAUCUUCUAUCCUCCGCCUGCAAAGCCCCAACACUGAUGUUCACGUUUAGGAAAUAUUGUAUGUUCCACAAAGGAAGAACAAGUCACCAAUUAUUGCUUUCUAAAAAUCCACCCAAAAGUUUCUUAAAA